AUGCGCAUUGUAACCCCUAGAAAGAUGUCUGCAUCUCUUCUCAGUCGUUGUGCUCGCAAGAGCCUUCUUAGCAAGGUCAUGACCCCUACUGAAGUGGCCCACAAGUUCUUCAAGAACGGAAUGACGGUCGGUUGGUCUGGAUUCACCCCUGCUGGAUAUCCCAAGGUGGUUCCCAUUGCUGUUGCUGAUAUGGUGGAGAAGGAGGGAGCGAAGCUUCAGUUUGAGCUGUUUGCUGGAGCCUCUGUGGGUGCCGAGACCGAGGAUCGCUGGGCCAAGCUGGGUAUGAUUUCUCGUCGUUGGCCUUACCAGACCGGUAAGAACAUUGCCAAGGGCAUCAACACCGGCAAGAUCGAGAUGGGUGAUAUCCACCUGUCCGCCUUCGCCCAGAACCUCUCCUGGGGUUUCUUCACGAAGGACCACGCCACGAACCCCGGCAAGCUGGACAUCGCCGUGGUGGAGGCGACUGCCAUCACCGAGGACGGCGGUCUGGUCCUGGGAACGGGUGUGGGUAUCACUCCCGAGAUCCUCGCUCUGGCCGACAAGAUCGUCAUCGAGGUGAACACCUCUCUGCCCGUGCUGCGCGGCAUCCACGAUAUCGUUGCGGACCCGCGUCCUCCGCACCGUCGUCCCUUCCUGAUCUCCCGCGUGGACGACCGCAUCGGCUCCGAUCUCGCCUAUUUCGACGAGACCAAGGUGGUGGCCGUGGUGGAGAGCACGCUGCCCGAUAACGGCCGUGGCUUCUCCGCGGUGGACGAGAACUCGAAGAAGAUCGCCGGACACAUCAUGGACUUCUUCGACAACGAGGUCAAGCAGGGCCGUCUCCCCGCCAAUCUGCUGCCUCUGCAGUCCGGCGUGGGCAACAUCGCCAACGCCGUGAUCGGCGGCCUCGCUGGCAGCCACUUCGAGCAUCUCCAAGUCUGGUCGGAGGUCCUGCAGGACACCGUGCUCGAUCUCUUCGACGCGGGCAAGCUCGACUACGCCUCCGCCGUGUCGCUGUCGCUCUCCCCCGCCGGCUUCGAGCGCUUCUACAAGAACCUGGACUUCUACAAGAACCGCUGCGUGAUCCGCCCCGAGGCCAUCGCGAACUUCUCGGAGAUCGUGCGUCGUCUGGGCGUGGUGGCGAUGAACACGCCGGUGGAGGUGGACAUGUACGCGCACGCCAACUCCUCGCUGGUGGGCGGCACCAAGAUGAUCAACGGCCUCGGCGGCUCCGGAGACUUCCUCCGCAACGCCUAUCUCUCCAUCAUGCACACGCCCUCCGCCCGAAAGAGCAAGACCGACCCCACGGGCAUUUCCUGCAUCGUGCCGAUGGCCGCGCACAUCGACCACACCGAGCAUGAUCUCGAUGUGAUCGUCACCGAGCAGGGACUUGCUGACCUGCGUGGAUUGUCGCCCAGACAGAGAGCGCAGUGCAUCAUUAAGAACUGCGCUCAUCCCGACUAUCGCGACCAGCUCAUGGACUACUACAAGAUGGCCGAGAAGAAGUGCCUCGCGGAGGGAGCCGGACACGAGCCGCAGAUUCUCAAGCUCGCUCACAAGAUGCAUGUCAAUCUGGAGGAGAAGGGAACGAUGAAGUUGGACAGCUGGUAAAACGU